AUGGUAAUCAAUGUUGAAAGUAAGAAAUGUAAAUUAAAAGAAAAACUUACACUUUAUGAUGAUCCCCAAGGUUGGUACAAUUUAAUCGCACCUGGACCGGUGAGAGCUAUCUUUAUGCAAACCCUAUCCGAUCAAAUUCAAAAGUGCUGGCAGCUGAGAGGAGGACAAGACCAUAUUCCUUUUGACAAUAUUUUUCUGGGUAUGAGUAUUCUGUGCAAGAAUAUAGCGGGACAUUUAUCAACUCACGUUGUUGGUCAACUGGAUGAUAUGGAGGCGAUAAAAAUAGUUGACGGCAUCUUCUACUGUGGUUGUUCGAUUUUACAAACUGUUCUUGGGUACCAUUUGGGCAAGUGGCAGCAGGAGCUUAGCUUUGGACUUUCUACCUCAGCAGUCAAGCAUACUAGCAGUUAAACAGAUUUGAAAUGACAAGAUUCGAUGAUGAUCAAGUUUCUCAAAUAAGAAGAGGGAUUGUAGUUGCUAAGGAGGGUUUGUUCGUCUUGAAGUGCAGGAUUUGCGAUUCAUCCACUGUGGAUGCUCUAAUGGCAUGGGAUUGUAGACAAGAAAAGGGUUUCACGUUUUCUCUCUGUUAGCUUUGAAAGCGGCUUUACACUUUCUUCGUUUAAUCUCAGACUAAAUUUUUUUUGUGUUAUAAAUUUUUUACAGCCUUCGUUGCAGCCGGUCAGUUGUAGGUUAACGACCAAAAAAAAAGAAGUAAUUGCAUUAUCAUAUUGCCUAUAUUUUGUGUU